AUGAACCCAGCAGACUCCGAUCACCCUCACCUCCCCACCAUCAAGAUCCACCACCCAUCCUCCCCUCGCCACUCCCACCACCACCACCACUCCACCCCCACCCCCACCGCCAACGCCCGCCGCAAAAUCGGCGUCGCCGUCGACCUCUCCUCCGAAAGCUCCUUCGCCGUGCGCUGGGCCGUCGAUCACUACAUCCGCCCCGGCGACGCCGUCGUCCUCCUCCACGUCUCCCCCACCUCCGUCCUCUUCGGCGCCGACUGGGGCCCGCAGCCGCCUCCCUCCUCCGCCACUAGUCAGGCGGAUUUCGACGCGUUCACGGCGUCGAAAGUCUCCGAUCUGGCGAGGCCGUUGAAGGAGAGUGGGUUCCCGCAUAAGAUCCAUGUGGUGAAGGAUCAUGAUAUGAGGGAGAGGCUGUGCCUUGAGAUCGAGAGGCUGGGGUUGAGUGCGGUGAUAAUGGGGAGUAGAGGGUUUGGUGCUGAGAGGAAGAGAGGGAGUGAUGAUGAUGAUGAUGAUGAUGAUGGGAGGUUGGGGUCUGUUAGUGAUUACUGUGUUCAUCAUUGUGUUUGUCCUGUUGUUGUUGUUAGGUAUCCUGAUGAUGGCAAUGAUGGUGGGGUUGUGAAUGGUGGUGGUGGAGCGGUUGUGACGGUUAAGUCAGUUAGGGAUGAUGAUGAUGGUGGGGAAGAACGUCAUGAACAUAUUAAAGGUUAG